AUGGUGUCCCAUAAGGAGUUUGAGACUGCAGGGAAAGCUCCUGGUCUGCAGAUAUGGCGCAUUGAGAACAUGGACCUGAAGCCAGUGCCUAAGAAUCUCUAUGGCAACUUCUAUACUGGUGAUGCCUACCUCCUGCUGUACACCACCACCGCACCCUCGUACUAUAUACACAUGUGGAUGGGGAAUGAGUGUUCUCAAGAUGAAAGUGGAGCUGCAGCUAUCUUCGCCACACAGCUGGAUGACUUUCUCGGUGGUGGUCCGGUUCAAUUCCGUGAGGUCCAAAACAACGAGUCGCUCACCUUCCUGGGCUACUUCAAGUCUGGCAUCAAAUAUAAGCAAGGUGGGGUUGCGUCUGGCUUCCAUCACGUGUUGACCAAUGACGUGGAUGUGAAGCGUCUGCUGCACAUCAAGGGCAGGAGGGCCAUCAGAGCCACUGAGGUGGAGAUGUCCUGGAGCAGCUUCAACAAAGGAGACUGCUUUAUCGUAGACUUGGGGAAGGAAAUUUAUCAGUGGUGCGGCAGUGACUGCAAUCGUUUUGAACGUCUAAAGGCCUCCCAGUUGGCCAUUGAUAUCCGGGACAAUGAGAGGAACGGCAGGGCCAAGCUGAUCAUGGUGGAGGAUGGGGCUGAACCAGAUGCUCUUACUAAAGUUCUUGGGCCCAAAUCCAGCAUCACCCCAGCAGCUCCAGACAAUGAGGAAGUGGAAACCUCCAACAAGAAGAAGGCAGCAUUGUACAUGAUUUCAGAUGCCUCUGGCUCCAUGAAAACAUCUGUUGUGGCCCAGACUAGCCCGUUCAAGCAGGAGAUGCUCUCCCUAGAUGAGUGCUAUAUCCUGGACAAUGGAGUUGAUAAGAAUGUAUUUGUUUGGAAAGGACCAAAUGCUAACACAUCUGAGCGCAAAGCGGCUAUGAAAGCAGCAGAGCAGUUCAUCAAAGAGAAGAACUACUCUAGUAAAACACAGAUCCAGGUGCUUCCUGCAGGGGGCGAGACCACCCUGUUCAAGCAGUUCUUCUCUAACUGGAAGGACAAGGACCAAACCACUGGUCCUACCAAGGCCUACACCAUAGGCAAAAUAGCCCAUGUGGAGCAGAUUCCUUUCGAUGCCUCCAGCCUCCAUAACAACAAGGCCAUGGCAGCCCAGCACAACAUGGUUGAUGAUGGUUCUGGAAAAGUCCAGAUCUGGCGUGUGGAGGGAGGGGACCGUGUCCCAGUGGAUCCCUCUACUUACGGUCAGUUCUUUGGGGGAGACUGUUACCUGAUCCUCUACAGUUAUAAACAGGGAAGUAGGGAGCAGCAUAUCAUCUACACCUGGCAGGGGCUGAAGAGCACUCAGGAUGAGCUGGCAGCUUCUGCCUUCCUUACGGUCCAGCUGGAUGACUCCAUGGGAGGAGCUCCAGUUCAGGUGCGAGUAACACAGGGUCAAGAGCCCCCCCAUCUGAUGAGUCUGUUCAAGGGCAAACCUAUGAUCAUCCAUAGUGGAGGCACUUCACGCAAAGACGGCCAGACCAAGACAGGCAGUAUGCGCCUCUUCCACAUCCGACAGAGCUCUUCUAGAGCCACACGCGCUGUCGAGGUUGAACCAUCUGCUUCCAACUUAAACACCAAUGACGUAUUUGUGCUGAAGUCGCCAGAUUGUGUGUUUGUUUGGAAAGGCGCAGGUGCCAGUGAGGAAGAAAUGGUCGCAGCGAAGUAUGUUGUAAGUGUGCUGGGAAGACAAUCCACUGAUGUGGUAGAGGGUAAAGAACCAGCUGGAUUCUGGUCGGCUCUGGGCGGGAAGAAGGAGUACCAGACAUCUCCAACUCUACAAAAGAUGGCCAAACCACCACGUCUGUUCGGCUGCUCCAAUAAGACAGGCCGGCUUGUGGUUGAGGAAGUUCCUGGAGACUUCACUCAGUCAGACUUGGCUACCGAUGAUGUCAUGUUGCUUGACACCUGGGAUCAGAUCUUCCUUUGGAUUGGUAAAGAAGCCAAUGAAGUUGAAAAAAGGGAGUCACCAAAAAUAGCUAAGGACUAUGUGGACUCUGAUCCUUCUGGACGUCAUGGGCUGCCCAUCACAACCAUAAAGCAGGGGGCCGAGCCCCCGACCUUCACAGGCUGGUUCCAAGCUUGGGACCCAAAUAUGUGGGACACUGAUCCUCUGGAGAGAAUCCGAGCUCGCUUUUAAACCCAGAACUGUUUCCUCUUCUUUUCUUUAUAUAAGCACUUCUUGUUUCUGUGCAAUAAAUUGCAACUUUCCAAGGUUUUACAUAAUCUAAAGAUUGGUGAAAUGCUUAAAGGUCCACUCUGUAUUUUCGUUUCUUUUUUUUUAUGUUGGCCAUUAUGCGAUUGGUCUUGGAAUGUAACUAGGUUUUUAGGUACAGAUGCCAUUGUAGAAAUAUAUCAUUUAUUCAGUAAGCAAGAGUCAAAUAAUCCGCCCUCAUCAGGCAACCCACUCCAUGUAAAAUAAAACGGCUUAUUUAGUACUACUGCUUUUUCAUCUCAUGAUCAUUUUAACCAUAACCAAAAGUACUGUUUUAAUGAGGGAAAAUUACCAUCGUUAAAACUGACAGAUUACAGAUCCAUAGUUUUAUUGAACCUAGUCCAGUAAAAUGGAUUUUGUGGGUGUUUAGCAGCUAAACUUUAGCUGCGUUCAACCAGAACCUUCAUGACUAUUGUUUUUUCAUCAUUGAUAUAUUUUCAGCUUGUACUAUGAUUAUGUUAUGUUCGACUUUAAUAAAUUGGGAUUUUGAGAA